GACACGGACGAACCGGAUACUUUUUCUGGCCGUGAACACCGAGACGUACGGCCACCCCCCCGUGCAUGGUUCUCGUGGGUUGAUGGAGACCUAUCAUGCUGUCCUGAGUCACGUCUUCCUCUGGUUCGUCAUCAUUGGUUCUUACAUCACUCAAUGAUUGAUUGUGAGCUUCAUUACCCAUAUUGCCUCGUCAAUUGCAGGCCUGUCUAGUUACAUCAAACACACUUCCACUGGAUCUUGGCUAUAGUGGCUACCUAAGUCUCUGUUUUCUUGCUCCUCACGAUGGAGUCAGUGUCAGUUGAUUGUCUCCUUCUCGCCAAGACAUUGGGAUAUUGCCAGCUUGUAGGGUCGUUUACCGUCCUCCUAGCCGUGCUUUUCGGAGUCUACCACUUCGUUCGCGGGCCGCUGCUCUAUCCCGGUUUCCCUGCCGUCGGCCUCGACGACAAGUCCUGGGGAUGGUUCAGGUAUCGGAACGCGGUCCGCGAAUACCGCACUCGAGGGAAGCAAAUUGUCAAUGAGGGGUCUGAGACCCGGAAACCUUUCCAAGUAGUCACGGAUACCGUGACCAAGAUCUGUUUCCCACCCGAGUAUGCCAAUGAGCUCAAGAACAUCAAGGAUCUCAGCUUCACAAAAGCUCUGGAGAAGGAACUUUUCACUGCAUAUCGGGGGUUUGAACCUAUCAAGGCUGCUAGCCACGAGAGCAACAUUCUUCAAAAUGUUACGCGUCUGAGAAUUACACCCUCACUAAACCACUUGACGGACGAAAUUGCAGAAGAGACUUCUCUCGCUCUCAAAGAACAACUCGGAGUCCCAACAGACUGGCAAGAAGCCGCCUUCAAGCCCAUCGGGCAGAACCUUGUCGCCCGUCUCUCCGCACGACUCUUCGUCGGAACUCAGCUGUGCAGGAACAAAGAGUGGCUCAAAGUGUCCACCGCGUACGCCGUUGACGGCUUCGUCGCCGCCUAUGCGUUGCGUGGCUGGCACCCGCUUGUCCGGUGGCCUGUCAGCUGGUUUCUGCCGGAAUGCCGCAGGCUCAGGAAGACUGUUUCGGAUGCUCGCCGCAUACUAGAGCCAGUCAUUAAGGGUCAUUCCAAGCAUGAUAGACAGCAUGCGUCUGGGGAAAGUUGCAAAAGCUCACCCCGGGCAGACACGAUUGAUUGGCUGCUGGAGGCAUUUGACAAAGCCGGCAUCACGGAAAGAUGGAACGUGGCCGACGCCCAGCUGGGUCUCAGCAUCGUCGCAAUACAUACCACAACCGAGCUGCUCACUGGCGCGCUAUUCGACAUCGUCGCAGCCGGACCACACUUGGUCGAUGAGUUGCGUGAAGAAAUAGUCAGGGUUCUCGGACCGGAAACCGUUGCUCAGUCGCAGGGUAACACAGUCUUCAGCAAGACGAGUCUGUAUGAGAUGAAACUGCUGGAUAGCACACUCAAAGAGUCUCAGAGAAUGCACACGAGAGGGAUAGGCGCGAUGGGUCGCGUCGCCGGGGCCGACGUGCAACUUUCGGAUGGUUCCACCAUCCCCAAAGGAGCCUUUUCGAUUGUAACGCUGGGAUGCUACCAUGACGAGAAGAUUUAUCCCCAGCCGGGUAUUUUCAACCCCCGUCGGUUUCUGGACAUGCGAUCGAUGCCGGGCGAAGAAAAAAAUUGGCAGCUUGUUACCACAAGCCCUCAUCACUUGGGAUUCGGCUACGGCGACCACGCAUGUCCGGGAAGGUUCCUGGCUGCAAACGAGGUUAAGAUUGCUCUUGUCUAUCUGCUGAUGGAGUAUGAUUGGAAGUUGCCCGGGCAGAGACCGCAAGACACAAUGGUGAUAGGCUCACAGCACCAGGCUGAUGCCCGAGCCAAGGUCUUAUUUAAGAAGAGAGUUUCAGAAAUAGCCUUAUGAAUAUGAUAGAACUUAACCGUAAUAUCUUCCAUGUACAUCAUUAGAAAAAAUACGCCAAUUCUAUGUUUU